CCCGUGUGGCGGAAAAGGUCGCUGAAGGCAAGAUGGCGGCGGGCCGAGCGCCGCCUCUUCCGCCUUGCUGGGUGUCGCACGAGGCUGGCUUGAAGGGGAAGUGAGUCAGUAUCCGUGGACCCGGCCGGCUAAGGCCCGCGCCCGCCGAGGCCCCGAGAGGCCUCGGCCCGGCGGCGGCGGCGGCGGCCAUGGCCGGGGGGCCGAGCCCCGGGGAGCCUGUGGUUCCCGGCGCCCAGCACUUCUUGUACGAGGUGCCACCCUGGGUUAUGUGCCGCUUCUACAAAGUGAUGGACGCCCUGGAGCCCGCCGACUGGUGCCAGUUCGCGGCCUUGAUCGUGCGCGACCAGACAGAGCUGCGGCUGUGCGAGCGCUCGGAGCAGCGCACGGCCAGUGUUCUGUGGCCCUGGAUCAACCGCAACGCGCGCGUGGCUGACCUCGUUCACAUCCUCACGCACCUGCAGCUGCUGCGUGCAAGGGACAUCAUCACAGCCUGGCACCCUCCUGCCCCUGUUGUGCCCCCAAGCACCACUACCCCAAGGCUCAGCAGCAUCUCUGCAGGCUCUGAGUCCAAGGACUGGAGCCCCCGGAAAUUGCAGUCCUCUGCCUCCACCUUCCUCUCCCCAGCUUUUCCAGGCUCCCAGACCCAUUCUGAGUCAGAGCUCCUGCAGGUUCCACUCCCUGUUUCCCUUGGGCCACCACUACCAUCUUCAGCCCCUUCCUCCAUCAAGCAGCCAAGCCCAGAGAGCCCAGUGUCUGCCCUCCAAAGAUCCCAUCCCUCCCCAUUUUGCUGGCCCUUCUGUGAGAUUUCCCAAGGCACCUGCAACUUCUCUGAAGAACUCAGGAUUGGAGAGGGUGGUUUUGGAUGUGUGUACCGAGCAGUCAUGAGAAAUACUACAUAUGCUGUGAAGAGACUGAAGGAGGAGGCUGACCUAGAGUGGACUGUGGUGAAACAGAGCUUCCUAACGGAGGUGGAGCAGCUAUCAAGGUUUCGUCACCCAAAUAUCGUAGACUUUGCUGGCUACUGUGCAGAGAGUGGCUUCUACUGCCUUGUUUAUGGCUUCUUGCCCAAUGGCUCCUUGGAGGAUCAACUCCACCUUCAGACCCAAGCCUGCUCCCCCCUUUCCUGGCCUCAACGACUGGACAUUCUUCUGGGCACAGCCCGGGCUAUUCAGUUUUUACAUCAGGACAGCCCCAGCCUUAUCCAUGGAGACAUCAAGAGUUCUAAUGUACUUCUGGAUGAGAGACUGAUACCCAAGCUGGGAGACUUUGGCCUGGCUCGUUUCAGCCGCUUUGCAGGGGCCAAACCAAGCCAGAGCAGUACUGUGGCCAGGACUUGCACAGUUCGAGGUACCCUCGCCUACCUGCCUGAGGAGUACAUCAAGACAGGCCGGCUGGCUGUGGACACCGAUACCUUCAGCUUUGGGGUGGUAAUACUGGAGACCCUUGCUGGUCAGAGGGCUGUGAGAACACAAGGUGCAAAGACCAAGUAUCUGAAAGACCUGAUUGAAGAUGAGGCUGAAGAGGCUGGAGUGGCCCUGAAAAGCCCCCAGCCUACUCUGUGGGUGGAUGUAGCCACGGAUGCUUGGGCUGCUCCAAUUGCUGCCCAGAUCUAUAAGAAGCACCUGGACUCCAGACCUGGGCCCUGCCCACCCCAGUUGGGCCUGGCCCUGGCACAACUAGCUUGUUGCUGCAUGCAUCGUCGGGCAAAGAAGAGGCCACCCAUGACCCAGGUAUACAAGAGACUAGAAGGGCUUCAGGCAGGGCCUCCCCGGAAGCUAGAGGUUGCCGGCCAUGGCUCUCCUUCCCCACAGGAGAACUCCUACAUGUCUACCACUGGCAGUGCCCAGAGUGAGGAUGAACCAUGGCAGCCUCUGGUAGUGACCACAAGGGCCCCAGCCCAGGCUGCCCAGCAACUCCAAAGAAGUCCCAACCAGCCAGUGGAAAGUGAUGAGAGUGUUCCUGGCCUCUCUGCUACCCUGCAUUCCUGGCACUUGACUCCAGGUUCCCACCCAAGCCCAGCGUCCUUCAGAGAAGCUAGCUGUACCCAGGGAGGCACUACCAGAGAAUCAAGUUUGAGGAGUAGCCCAGGCUUCCAGCCUACAACCAUGGAAGGUUCAUCCACAGGCAGCUCAUCCCUGCUGUCAUCAGAGCCACCACAGAUCAUCAUCAACCCAGCCCGACAGAAGAUGGUACAAAAGCUGGCCCUUUAUGAGGAAGGGGUCUUGGAUAGCCUGCAACUGCUGUCAUCAGGCUUUUUCCCAGGCUUGGAUUUAGAACCUGAAAAGAGACAGGGACCUGAAGAAAGUGAUGAAUUCCAGAGCUGAUUUGUUCACCAGACAAACUUUUCAGACUCAGAUGUCAAAGUUCUCAUGGUUGGAAGUUCUCAUGGUGUGCAAACUUCUCAGUAGACCAAAGGCAUCAGGUGUGGGGGCUCACCCUGGCAAAGUAGAAAGGGUGGUGGACCCUGCUGUUCUCAGAAUGUGAGCACAGACAGGGCCAGCCUAAGAACCUGAUAGAAGGUGGUAAGGCAGGAAAUGUUGGGCCAGCAUUUAUGAGCAAGGCAAGCAGAGCACCUAAGGGAUUGGGUAGUACAUAACAGAAGACUGCUAGCUACACAGGCCCAGAGGACACAAGUGGGUCUGUUUGUAUGGUGGGAGCUGGCUCCCCUAAGAGCUAGACAAGAUAUCUGCAGCCUAACUAUGAGUCUAUUCCUCUGAAUUUCCCUAGAACCCCAAGAGGAAGGGGUUCGAAAAAAACCAAAACCAAACAAACAAACAAAAAAACCCUCACCCAUCUUAGGUGGAAUAUGCAAGCCUUGCCAGAUAUCAGUGAGCUAGUUUCCUAUGACUACCUGCCUGCCUAGGCAGGCUGUCUCUAUACCCUGCAAAUUGACUGUGGAUGCUCAGGUUGAGCUGUAGACCAAGGUUCUGUUUAUGGCAGAAAAGUCCGGCAAAGCCCAGCUUUGUGGUACCCAGACAGUGAGAAGCCCCAAGAAAGCAGAAACUGAGAACAAAGCUAAGUAUUUGAGGAGGGAGGAAUGUUACAUUUUAAGAAAUAAGUUUUUGUGUAACCAAGUGUCUUCACAAGUAACCCAGGGUUAUAGCCCAGGCUUACGGUGAUUCUAUGUUCGAGUCAUGAGUCACACUACAUGCCCCUGUGAAAUUGGUGACAUCCAGUUUGUCCUUGAGUAAUAAAAUCAUACAUUUCAUUGUCUGGUUAAACUUGUGGAAUUUGUUGUGCUAAAAGCUUUAUGCUUUCCUAUGCUUUAUAUCUCUGGGUUCUUAAGUGUCUACCCAAAACUCAGACCCCUGUCAUGUGCUUUUCUCUUGUCAAGCCCAAACUGGGGAUAGAUCCCCCAAUGCUGCUCCCCUUGCUUUCAUGUCUUGCAGAUUUCAUGGAUAUUGAUGCUAUUGGAAAUGAAGCCUUCAUGUCUUAAUCAUUCAUCAGUCAUGUAUAGAAAUUUAAUUAGGUUUUGAUUCUGAUCUUUAUUCUGUGACCUUACUUAAAUGCACUUACUAGUCCCACUUGUUUUGGGGGUGAUUACUCUGGGAUAGUUUGUAUAUAAUCAUCCCAUCUGAAAAUAAAGACAAUUUUACUUCAUUGCCAACCUA